AUGCAUGUUGCACUGCGGCCACGCAGUGGUUGCCUGGUGCUCUGUCUGUGCCUGUCUGUGUUCACCCUGCUGCUACAGAGCCUCUGGGUGCCUCAUGUGGUGACCAGGGAUGAACCAGCUGGGAGGUCACCUGAGGAACAAGGUCAGCGUGGUCUUGGCUUUCGUAGGCUGGCUCUUCGCUUGGAGGCUUUGAGCACUCAGGUGCAGAGGCUGAGCAGAGAGAGAGAUGUCUCCCAGCUGACCAGAGAUGAUCUCAGCCUGUUACUGCAGAGCUUCAGACAGGACCAGCAAGGCUUAGCCCACUUGGUGGAGAGGGAGCUGAAGAGAGUGUCUCUGAGGCUCGACCAGCUCGGCCGCCACCAUCACCAUCAGUCUCACACACCGUCACCACAUGAUGACCUCAGAUUGCACACAGGGCCCAAUGAGAAGUGCGAGGUGCCAAUGGAUCCUGCAUAUCCGGUGUGUGUGGAGAAAGUGGAGUUUCUGCGGGCCCGCUGGCAGUCAGACCCCUGUUAUGCCUUUUAUGGGGUGGAUGGUACCACCUGCUCCAUACUGACAUACCUUAGCCAAAUAGAGGACUUUUGUCCCCCUGGCCUUGGAAGAAACCAUUCUGCCCCACCAUGGCACCAGAAACCUCACUCUUACAUAAAGAAGGCUGAGAUACGUACGACUCUGAGCCCACUGUAUGAGGUCAUCAGCAACAGCAGCGGUCCCGCCAUAAACUUCAUCCGGUCCAGAGUGGAAAGGACGUCUGAACGGUGGAUACAGGCUGGUCUGAAGAUGAGGCAGGGCAGCAACAAGAACGGCUCGACCCAGAUGAGGGUGCUGCUUUAUCCUGGUGCCCUGGCUGGGGGUGUAGGCCAGCGGUUUGAAGCCAUGGUGAAGAGAGGGGGACCUCUAGGUGAGCUGGUUCAGUGGGCUGACCUCAGUGCCUGUCUGACAAUCCUGGGCCACAACCUGACCUUCAGCACCUCACAGCACCAACUCCACAGCCUGAUAGGUGCUGCUCCAGGCCGAGGCAGUUGUCCGAUCCAGAGGCCCCUGACCUUUGACCUCAUCUAUACUGACUACCACGGCCUUGCUCACCUUCAAGGCGCCAUGGGCCUGGCUUUCGUGCAUUACAAGUGCCGCUUCAGAAUCCUGGACUCUUUUGGUACUGAGCCGGCCUUUAACCUGGGGAGCUAUGCACGCAGCCACGGAUAUAAAACGCUGUGGGGCAGCUGGGAUCUGCAGCCUCUGCAGUACAUGACCAUGUUCCCUCACACUCCUGAUAACUCCUUCCUGGGCUUUGUGAGUGAGGAGGCAGCAAGGGAGGAGGCGAGGGAGGAAGAACUGGACAGGAAAGACAGGAUAGCAGUUGUAUACGGCAAACAGGACUACAUGUGGCAGGGUAAAUCAGAGUAUGUGGGGGUGAUCAGUGAAGAGCUGGAGACCCACGCUACAGUGUACCAGCCUCCAGGACACGUCUCUAAUCUGCCAAACUUCAUCAGAAACCACGGCCUGCUGACUCAGGAAAGCUUCCUACGACUUCUCCGCAGAGCCAAGGUGUUUGUAGGCCUAGGCUUCCCCUAUGAGGGUCCGGCUCCCAUUGAGGCGAUAGCUCUGGGCUGCGUGUUCCUUCAGCCACGCUUUGACCCACCACACUCAUCAGACAACAAUGACUUCUAUAAAGGCAAGCCCACCACAAGACAGAUCUCAUCCCAGCACCCGUAUGCUGAAGCAUUCAUCGGCAAACCCCACGUAUGGACUGUAGAUGUGACCAACAAGACUGAUGUACGGGAGGCAGUCAGAGCCAUUUUACGCACAGAGGUGAAGCCUUACACUCCCAGAGAGUUCACAUGCGAGGGAAUGCUGGAGAGGGUUCAUGGUUAUAUCACUCACCAGAAUUUCUGCAGUAAAUCCGUCGCUUCCUGGCCACCAGAAAGUGCUCUAAGGGUGCACCUGGGUCCCCUGGGUCAGUCAUGUGUAAGUGUGUGUCGACGGUCCUCCCAUGUGUGUGAGCCUGCUCUGUUUCACCACCUAAACAAUCCUGCUGCAUUCACCAGACUCGGGAUAGGCUGCUCUACCAUGGUGCAGGAAGUCAACCACCUACUUCCUUCCUACAACCCUUGGGGUCAGCAUUGUGGUCUUCAGCAGGAGCCUCUGCUGUUCAGCUGUGCCGGCUCUGACCCUUCUCAUCGCAGACUGUGUCCCUGCAGAGCUCACCUACCUGGACAACUGGCACUGUGCCUCGACUGCCUCUGA